AUAUUCUUUCUCUCACAGUGAAAUGCAUAACAUACGACGUUGAAUAUUGAAGCGAUUUGUACAAGUAAAGCACCCUACCAGUCGAUGCAGAGGCAGUCCGUGCGAUCGCUUCGGUUACGUGCUUUCGUGCAGCGUGGAUCACCUUGCCAGAGACUCAUGUUCACUUCACUCUUUUGAGCUUUGCGUGUCUCUCGAGUUGCCAUUUUAUUCUAUGCCAGAGGAACUGUGAUCUCUGUCUGAAUAACAUUUGGUAAGUCUUUUUCGCAAAUCGGUAGAGGCGAUUAUCUGAUUGUAUGCCAUCUAGUUCCAUCUUCACGUUCAUGGACAACGCUACGGGAGUAUCCCAACGUCGCAAAACGGGAUGGAUGUGGAUACUUCCAAUGAUUACCCUCUACCUUGCGAUCAAUCGCAUCUCCUUUACCACUUUCAUGGUUAUCUUGGCAGUUUGUGUCGUCAUACUGCACCAGGAUCUAAGACGAGACCCACGCCAGCCAUCUGAUUCUGGAGACACCCCGGUGCCUUCAGUAAAACUUGACAGCUCGAACUUUACACGGGCUGAUGUCUCACAUUCCGACGAUCCAUCCUUCUUCGUCCGCAGUAAUGCCCUCUGGCUUGAAGAUGGGAAUUUCGUGAUCUUAGUUCAGUCAACGGCUUUCCGUUUCUACGGAGGCCUUCUUAGUAUUCAUUCUCCUGUAUUCAGGGAUAUGUUCUCAUUGCCUCAGCCUCGCGGCGUAGAACGCUUUGACGGUUGCCCGUUCAUACGGUUAUAUGACUCUGCAGAGGAUUUCUCGUACUUCUUGCAAGUGCUCCUGGGAACAAUAAUCCUUGACGUAGAAACUACUCCCAUCCAUGCGAUCGCUGCCAUUCUGCGCAUCAGUACGAAGUACGAGGCUAGCAUGAUUCGCCAACGCUGCAUCAAAGUACUCGAACUCACAUACCCUUCCACCCUCGCCGGAUGGCUCCAAUCUCCAAGUUCUGAAGCGAUCGGUUCCUCCGAGGAACUUCACUUACGACAUUUCCACAUCGCCAAUCUUGCUCGGGAAACGAACGCGUUGAAUAUCCUUCCUGUUGCUCUACUCAUGUGUUGUAUGGGUACUCUCCCUGAUAUCAUGGAUGGUAUGGUAUUGCCAGAUGGGUAUCGCGUGGAACUCUGUCCAGAGAACAGACGAGCUGUUCUCAUCGGUAGACAGGCGCUUUCCCAUCUCGCGAGGACGGAGACUCACAAGAACCUGUUCUCUAUUAAUGACCUCCCGGAUGUAUCAAAUCUACAGCUUGCAGAGCUGAACGGAGUCGAAAAGCAGAAUGGUUACUGCAACAGUCCACAGAUGACUGGCUCAGUCCUUUGAUAUCCAAGUCUUAUACCGGUGUUCUAUGUACACCGUGCAGGACUGUGAUGAAGGAAGCCAUCAGAGAGGCACGCGUCAAAAUUUGGAACAAUCUUCCUGUCAUAUUCAAAUUGGGCGAGAGCUGGAACGACCUCGAACGAGCGACAUCGAAUCUCUGAGGUUUGUUGUAAUUGCUUCGUUGCUAUUUAGCCUGCCUGCCUCCCACGCGAGUGCCUUCUUCAUCCCGCUUCGGGUUGAUGAUAUGUUCCUCUGUAUGAGUCCGUUGACACCACUGCUUUUCGACUUCUAUUACCUAUCGACGACGUGUAUACUUUAAGCUUUAUUUCUCUUUCGCUUGACUGAAUCCAGAUAAUACCCUGGUACCUGUCUUUCACCUCUUACCUAACAUUCUUUGUUCUGUUUUCCUGCACCAGGAUCUAAGACGAGACCCACGCC